GACUAUCCUGACGUCUCGGUCCCCGUGAUCUCGACCAGCAUCUCGGAGAUCCAGGAGCUGGUGGCCGAGGGCCUGCUGGUGCCGGUGAGCCCCUUCGAGGCCGGCUGGGGCGAGGCGCUGGUCAACCCCGAGGACUUGGAGGCCGUCCUCGAGCGCCUCGAGGAACUCGGCAUCAAGUUCGAGUACAGUGAGAUCAACGUCGUCACGCAGAUGAGGGAGGAGGACGUGCCCUGCUGGAGUGGACUUGCCCGAGGCCCAAGUGGAACAGUUUCAUGACACUGCAGGAGAUCAAAUUCUUCAUGGAGGACGCGGCGAAUAGCGACCGAGGGUGACCUUCAGGUCGAUCAAAGAGACGAUCAACGACCGCGAGUUGUGUACCUCGUCCACGUCGCGCCCUGCAGACGCCAGGG